GUGCAAUGUAGAGACAGAGAACAUGACAUUUCGGCUCCAGAACGGUAUGGAGGACAAUUAAAGUGGACAUUUAAGAACGCAUGGACAUGAACAACCGAAUCACAGGUGAACACAAAAGGAUGGAGCUGCAGAGCAACCUGGAAACUGUACAGCAUGAACAGCACAUCAGCAGGGCUGCUAAACUGCAAUGCAGGUGGCUGGAGGUGAGCGAGCGUGAACGGCAAGCCCACAUCUACAACCGGCAGCUGCUGCAGGAUUUCCACAGGGCCCAGGACACCAUCAAUGAUCUCAUGGCUCGCACUGCUGCUAUGAACACUUUACGGGUUGAGUAUGAAAGGCACCUGGAGCAGUUAUAUCCCCAGUGGCGCCAAAAACUACAAGAACAACGAUUUUCAACCCAACGCAAGCGGCUCGAGAUGCACCUGAGGGAAUGUAUGACACGGAUGGAUGACGAAAGCCCGGAGGUCAUUCCUUCUGAUGCAGCUAGCUACUCUGUCCCAUCCACUUCUCAGAGCUACAGGAGGCAAGAGGGCCCAACACAGAGACCACGAAACACCCAUGUGGUUGAAAGGUCUAACAAACCAAAAGCACUCGUCAACCAAAACAGCUCCAGUCCGACUGGCUUCUCGCAGAUGCCAUACACUUGGCUUACUCAAGUCAAUCAACCCAUACCCAGGACAGACCAAAUGAUUACAGAGCCCAGAGGUGCCCAUAGCUCACAUGGAAUACCCCCUCCACCCUUUAACUUACCACAUAGAGGCGAAGUCUAUAACACAUAUGCUCCUGUGCAUCAGGAGCCUCCAUUUGUGGAGGACGACCGGAGAGAGAAUCCGCCAUACACACUGUCCUGGGCAGGGGUGGGUGAGGGACUUGCGCCCCAAGCUCAGCCCAACCUGUAUGGCUCGUGGCCCCCCGCUGGGCUCCCGAUGCUCAACCCUGCUGUGUGGCGUGUGAUGGGCAUGCCUGGACCCAGCGGAGAGGACGUCCAGUCCAGUCAGGGAGUAGGGCAGGGAGGGAGUGGAGGUGGAGGAGAGGAUCGAGGGCCCAAGAGUUUUCAACCACCAAGGAGCCCCGGACGGGGACACAGCCCAGGGUGGGGGCAUGGAAUGGGAGUGAAUGACGGGACCAGUGAUCAAACUUGUGAGCUAGACACCAGACCAGUACGUCUUUCAGGUGCUGAUGAUGAAAGCAGUGCAGCUAGCAGUAGCUCCAGAAGGAGCAAACAUAAGCAACAGGAAGGGAAAAGGCCACAGAGACCGGUUAUGGUGGAAAAAUACGAUACUGCUUCACUGCAGUCUUCUGCAGUGUCUCAGGCAAGUCUGGUGCCAAAUCUCAGACAUGAGGUUUUAUCACAAAACACUAACAUAGUGGAUUCUCCAUCGGAAUCAGCGGAACAGACACAAUCAAUAUCCAGGAGGAGUAAGAGUACAAAUGGGACACCUGGACAAAAUAAAGGCCAGAGAGAGAACAGUAGUGCUAAUUUAACCUCAGUGAAACAAUCAGGGAUCAGAGGUGCAAUGAUAUCCACCAAGACUCAGGAGAGGCCCCAGGAGCAAACAGAGGAUGAGACUGAGGAGAAUGAGGAGAGUUUGGGACCAAGUGUCAGAAGUGAUAUAGCUACUGGAGGUGAGGAUGAUGAAGAUGAGAGGCUGGAGGCUGAAGAUGAGGAAGAGGAGGAAGAGCAAAUGAAUGAGCGGACGAUUGGAGAGAGGGUGGACAAUGGAGAAGGAGCCCAAGAGGAACAGUCAGAGGAGGAGGAUGAAGAUGAGGACGAUGCGGAAGAGGAUGAGGAUGUUUUGUCACAUUCAGGGCAGCUGAAAGCUAGCAGAGAAGCAGCUUCAGACCAUGUUGUCUCAGAUGGUUCACAGAAAUUCCAAAAUGGCAAUUCAAAGAAAAACACUACCAAAAGCUCAGAAAUGAACAAGGACAAGGAGGCUGAUAAAAGCCAAAGUAAAGAUGAUCCAUCAGAAGAAGAGGAGGAGGAAGAAGAGGAUGAAGGUGAUGAUGACGAAGACCAAGAAGAGGAUGAGGUAGAUGAUGACGAUGAUGAAGAUGAGAAGGAAGAGGAAGAGCAACACCCAAAAAAUGGUGCCAUAAAUCUAGACGAUGAAGAUGGAGAAGAUGAUGAAGAGCUGUACAAUCAGGAAAUUGAAGAUGAUGAGGAUGAUGAGGUGAUAGUAGAUAAUGGAUAUGCACGGUCUGAGGGUCCGAAGUACAACUUCUUAAAAUACCUGGGUGAGAAAGAUGAAGUUGAAGAUGACAUUGAAGGUCUUCUUGCUCCUAAAGUAGAAGUGCCAAAACAAAAGGAGAUGAUACCAAAGGUAAUUGUUAUUCAAAAAGGUUCGGAGAGUGACUCUGAUGUGGAGGUUCCAGAGAAGAAGAACAGCAGCCCCAUGGGCCCGGGAAACAAGGAGAUCAAUUCUGAUGAUGAGUUUGAUCACUUUUAUGACUGAGUAAAUACCUGCCUUGGACUCACAAUGCUGCAGAUAUUACAAUCAAAUACCCAAUGUGUUUAUCCUGCCUUUCUGUAAG